AUGCACUCACUGUAGGUGUAGCUUCUCCGACCCACCAAAACUCACUGUCUGUCUAUCUACCACUUAUCCCCUACCUACCCACCUUGCCCAUCUUCCAUCAUCUUCAACUCCCUCCUCAAAACCAGUCAUUUUCGCCUGCUGGGUCUACUUCUACACGUGGCACGCACGCCGCUUGCAAGUAGACCAGAGCAGACCGCACCUUCUCUCUCUCGCUCUCUCUCUCUUUGUACCCAUACGCCCUCCAAUGUCGCCGGCCGGAAUACUCGCCGGGAUAUGUCUCCUCGCGGCCCUUUACUGCGGGCUCGACCCGCUCGGGCGGAGCGCGGUGGCGAACUUCCCGGACUUCGAGGCGUACAAGGUCGACAUGCCGCCUUGGUCGGAUGUGCCCACCGAGAAGGACGCCGAGAACCUGUUGCAGAGGUCGGAGAUUAAGUUCCUGAACCAAAUACAAGGACCCGAGAGCAUCGCCUUCGAUCCUGCGGGUCGCGGGCCCUACACCGGCGUCGCCGAUGGCCGUGUUCUGUUCUGGGACGGCGAGUCCUGGAAGGACUUUGCCUACACUUCGGGGAACAGGUCAGGUCUGUGUGAUCCAAAGCCAUCACCUUUGAGUUACUUGAAAAAUGAGCACAUUUGUGGAAGGCCCUUGGGUCUUAGAUUCGACAAGAGAACUGGCGAUUUAUACAUUGCAGAUGCAUAUUUCGGGUUGGUGAAAGUAGGUCCUGAAGGUGGAUUUGCAACCUCACUUGCAACUGAAGCCAAAGGAGUUCCUUUAAGGUUCACAAACGAUCUUGACAUUGAUGAAGAAGGAAAUGUCUACUUCACAGAUAGCAGUACCAAGUACCAAAGGAGGAACUUCAUGCAGUUGGUUUUUUCAGCAGAAGGUAGUGGAAGGCUUCUGAAGUACAAUCCGACCAUGAAGGAGACCACGGUCCUCAUGAGAAACAUCCAGUUUCCAAAUGGUGUGUCAUUAGGCAAGGAUGGAUCCUUCUUGGUGUUUUCUGAAGGUGCCAUUGGCAGAUUAAGGAAGUUCUGGUUAAAAGGCGAGAAGGCAGGGACUUCUGAAGUAUUUGCUGUUCUACCCGGGUUUCCCGAUAAUGUCAGAACUAACAAGGACGGUGACUUUUGGGUGGCAAUCCACUGUCGUCGAAGCAUAUAUUCUUAUUACUCUAGUCUCUACCCAAAACUCAGGAAACUCUGGCUCAAGCUCCCCAUCUCAGCAAAGACGCAGUUCCAAUUCCAAAUCGGUGGCCGGCCCCAUGCCAUGGUCGUGAAGUACAGCCCGGAUGGGAAGCUCGUGCAAAUACUGGAGGACAGCGAAGGAAAGGUCGUCAGAUCGGUCAGUGAAGUGGAAGAGAAGGAUGGGAAGCUGUGGAUAGGCAGCGUUCUCAUGCCUUUCAUUGCUGUUUACAGUUUAACUUGAGCCAAGAAACUGUUCUUGCUCUUAUUACUCUAAUGGCCAAAAUAAACCAUCAUAUGCUCACUUCCAGUUCAGGGGUUAGCCAUUUCAUAACAAAGGCAUAGGUGUUGCUUUAUUUCUGUUCUGUUCCUUUGCUCAGCAUAACUUACAAACGAUUGAGUGAGUUUGACACAGAAAGGGUGUUUAUACUUGGGUCAUAAUGGAGGAUAUUAUCAUGUACGAAUUUUUUCCGAGUUU